AUGAAAGUAUCAGGCAUUACUGCCAACGACUUGAGUCGCUACAAGAUGGUCAACAACAAGAGUCGCUACUCCGGACCUGAGCCUCAGACUCUCCCUCUUCCACCGGAACUUGUCGUGCGAACUCUCAGCUACCUAGACCAAGCUUCUGACAAGAAAAAUGCCAGACUUGUAUCCAAAGGCUUCGCAGCAGCCGGCCUAUCCUCGCUCACCUCGACGGUCUACUUCUCCACCUCGCUCAUUAAGAUAGGCUAUCUUUCCAAAGACUUACAAUUCUCGAGUCCAGUCCUUGAGAUCGCGAUGCAUGAAGUCGUCUCCAAAUACAUCAAUAAACUGGUCUGCGGUGGUACCCAGCUUUCGGCUUCUUAUCUUCCACUCAGAGACUUCCAGAACUGGUGGGCAACCCUCGGAAAGAGCGAAACGUCAUGGCCAGUUCAGAAGAUCCACAGCAUUUAUGUAUCAAGGUACAGCCAAGAAAAAUUGGUUGUUAGCAAGGGUGAAGACCGAAACAUCUUCCUCACAGCUCUUGAAAGGUUCGAGAAGCUCAAAUGCAUUGUAUUCACGGAUGCUGCUGCGAACGAACAACGUCAAGUCUUGCCCCAACCCACAUGGCCCUCGGCCGUUCCUGAGGGAGACCUUUGGGGUCCCUCCUCGCCAUAUCAUAGCUUUGCUAUGUGUAUCCGGUCACUCUCAGAAAUGGCCAUCAAACUCCAUGAACUCUCCAUCGAGGGUGGACAGAAUGCGAUUUCCUGUUGUAUCUUCUCUCGAGCCUCAUCAAAAGACUACAAUCAUCUACUCAACGUCUUUGCAAGUCUCCGCAAAAUAAGCAUAAGUGUCAACACACAUCAAGACGCGUACCCUCUGUGUUUCGCCGGCCUCGGGCGGCUUUUGACUCACGCGACACUGGUGCAGUCCUUGGACUUGAAGUGCACUGGGGGGCGGCGUCAAUCACGCCUGAUACUGUCACGAGUAUUCCAAAGUGCUACAUGGCCAUGUCUCAAGCAUUUCGGUCUCCAUGGUUUCAUAAUGCACACCGACGUGGAGCUGAUCACAUUCUUUGAGCGUCAUCGAGCAACAAUAGACAGCGUGGCGCUCAGGUCUAUGUUCCUACAUCAAAAAGAGUUGAAUUCUAGGGAGGACUCUCCUUGCGAAGCUUGGAAGCAUUUCUUCGGUAAAUUACGACAGCGGUCAAUCAAGUUUCAGAAUCUGGAUUUGUUCCGGAUACAAGACUGCUCCAAUCCAUUUGAAGUGCAUCCGGACCUUUCCGUCCGUGCAAAUGGUGGGAAAACAGUUCUACAGUAUCUACGCGAUGGUGGCCUGAACCCCCUUACGAUUGACACGAUCAACGAGGCCGACGUAUGUGGAUAA